AGUUGGAUGUCUGUAAAUUUAAUUUAAGUUUAAAUUAUUUUCAAGUCGUAUGCGAAUUUCGAAAAACAAUCCAACAGAGUCGCAAUCUCAGCUUUUUCUCACCAUCGGAUCCAAUGACAGAUGUCAAAGUGAAAAUUUUCUUAUCAGUAGUUCAGGACUGACGAGUUUCGACGUGAAGAAAAUCGCGAUUUUUGCUAAGAAAACGGUGUUUUUCCUUGCAUUCGCGGCAACUGUGCGUUGCGGAGUGAUUUAUGUAGCUGAAAGCAUAAUAGUUGUAUGCAUAGCUUCAAAAUUUCCCAAGAUAAACGGAAUAGUUUCAUUGUGCAGUGGCAGCCCAAUCAAUAAAAACAAUACACACGCACACAUACCAUCACAAAGCAUUACACUAUGACAGCUGAUUUGUAAAUAAUGCAUUUGAAAACAUUGUAAUCCCGUGAUUUGGUGCAGAAAAAAAACGGAAGGAGAAAUUGGAAGCAUCAUUUUCAUAAUACGCAAAACCAACUAAUAGUGUACAGUGAGACUAAAGUAGUGAGAGCAACAUGCUGAAUACCAAUCUCGUUGUGCCCGUGGUGCUUUGGGGGCCGAACACACCAACACACUGCGUGUCGAGUGUGUUUCUGUCACGGGACCAGAAAAUCCUUGCGACGGGUUGCUACGAUGGACAAAUUUGUUUAUGGCAAGUGGAUCCGGAAACGCUCCAAAUGACCCCACGAUGCCUGUUGGUGGGACAUACGGCACCGGUUCUGUGCCUAACGAGAGCGUCUAUUAUUCAGGACAACAAUUUCCUGGUUAGCUCAUCGGAAAACGGUGAAAUGUGCACGUGGGAUUUGGUGGAUGGAAAAUGCACGGAAAGCAUCAAGAUGCCGCAGGUGCACACCAACAUUCAGGCCUACCACAUGGCUAACUGUGACGACAUUCGGCUGUUCUGCAAUGGUUACUAUGCGGAAAUCAUGGUGAUGGAUCCAUUCAGCCUGGAGGUACUGUUUUGUCUGAGUUCUAAGGUAAACCCUGAUUGGAUUUCGGCACUGCACGUUUUACGACCUUCGAAGCGUAAGGAUGACGUCGUGCUGGCCAUCACCACCACCGGUACGGUGAAGGUGUGGACACUGCUAGGCAAUGAAAACAAGUACUCGGAACCAAUCUACGAGAAUGAAUCGAAGCAGAUACGCUGCCUGAAUGCGAUAACAAUGAACUGCUGCUCGCAGAACCAGCGCACGGUGCUGAUUGUGUGUGCGAAGUACUGGCAGAUAUACGAUGCCGGUGAUUUUACCGUACUGUGCAGUGUGAUUUCACCUUCUGGCGAACGAUGGAUGGGUGGCGAUUUCCUGUCGAACGAUCGUGUUAUCCUGUGGUCGGACGAAGGGAAAGGAUAUUUGUUCCGCUUGCCAGCGAACAGCAUCCCGGAUAAUAAGGAUUUCCACGGUCCGUCCGUUGGUAAAGAUUCGCCAUUUCUCUACUGCAUUUUAUCGCAAACGGGUGAAAAACCUCUGUCCUGUCCACCGACAAUGAAGCUGGUUACGUCGAAUCGGAGUGGUAAAACACAAAAAUAUUUGCUGCGCGGCGAUUCGGAAGGAUACGUUAACAUUUGGGCAGUGCCCGAUAUUUCCAUGGAGCAGAUUAAACACAUACAAGCGCAAAAGCAGCAUCCUGCAUCGCUGGAAUCGACCAUCUGCACGUCGCUGCUUGAAGCGUGGAAUAAAAUGAAUCCAUUGCCGGUAGGAAUAUUGGACCAGCUGUACCAGAACAGUGAACCGCUGAUUAAGCUUACCGCUAGCAUUUACUUGCCACAACAAAGCCGUCUAGUGGUGGGCCGUGAAGAUGGAAGCAUCAUUAUUGUGCCGGCAACGCAGACAGUUAUGUUACAUCUGCUGCACGGCAAUCACCAGCAGUUCAGUGAUUGGCCACCGCAUCAAAUCCUGAAUGGACACAGUGGAAGGGUGAAUUGUUUACUCUGCCCUUCGUUGGCACAUUCGCGAUACGACAAAUCACACCUCGUAUCCGGUGGUGUCGAUUUUGCCGUCUGCUUAUGGGAUUUGUACAGUGGAUCUUUGAUUCACCGAUUUUGUGUGCAUGCGGGAGAGAUUACCCAGCUGCUAGUACCACCACCGACGUGCAGUCCUCGCAUCCUAAAGUGCAUCUGUUCGGUCGCAUCGGAUCAUUCGGUAACGCUGCUAAGUUUGCAGGAACGCAAAUGUGUAACGCUUGCCAGUCGCCAUCUGUUUCCGGUCAUUUCGAUUAAAUGGCGCCCGCUCGAUGAUUUCCUUAUCGUCGGCUGUUCCGAUGGUACGGUGUACGUAUGGCAGAUGGAAACCGGACAUCUGGAUCGUGUACUGCACGGCAUACUAGCGGAGGAAGUGCUGAAUGCGUGUGAUGAGAAUAGUGGCGAAACUGGUAGCAGUACUGGUUCAACGUCCGAAAUGGGACUUGCGAACCCAGCAGUUCAUUUCUUCCGUGGUUUAAGACAUCGUAACAUUAACGCAAUACGUCACGCAACUCAGCGUGGCAUUCAUCAGCUUCAGCAACUUCACGCACACAACAAUCAGCAUGGUGACUUUUUGAUGAAAAACCGAAGCAGUCCCUUGAUUAUACAGGGUCUUCGAACUAAUCCCAAGGACGCUGAAAGUCACAUUCUGUUCUUUGACAUCGAAGGAUUGAUAUUUGAACUGCAUGCCGAAGAGUACGCUGCUAUGAGUCCCAACACGUUAGAGGCUGAAGGAUUGCUAAUCCCUACGGGAACUGAUAGUCAUGCUUCCGAUGCAGGAAAGAAAAUAUCAGAUUUCUUUGGACGUGUUAAAAAUAAGGCUGGCGACAUGGAGAAAAUACUUAAAGAGAAAGAUAAACAUGGAAUCCUUGCCAAAAUGAAGGAAGGCGCAGAGAAUGUUCAAACGAAGGUACAAGCAAAGCUAGACAGUGUCGUGAAAAACGUCGGAGAAACCGGUAAGGAUUCCUCGGACAUUACGAAGAAAAUCGCACCUCGCAUGGAAGCUACCCACGUGAUGGAGGUAGCACAGUUGCUACUGUCGUUAAUCCAUUCCUGGGGUCUCGAUCCACAUUUGGACAAAGUUUGUGAAACGCAACUGGGCCUAUUGCGUCCCAUGAUUCCCGUUUCGUUUGGAGUGCUUUCGAAGGGUGGCUACAUGUCGUUGCUGUUGCCGACCUGGCAAAACAAUAUCGUUAUCAACACGACGCCCGACGAGCUAAAGACGGUUGCGCUGACGCCGGAACAGUUCCGUCGCGAGGGUUUAACGAAACUGUUUACCGCUCGGCUUCACUGGGAGCUCAGCACGACGCUUACCUCCAAUCAUUUGCUAGCGAUGGUAGCGAUGUCAAACACGCUGAUGUCGAUGAAUAUGGCCACCUUCAUACCGGAGCAGGAGCGUGCCCGGAAGUUGCACCGCCAAUCAACGCGCGCAACCUGGAGCAAUGAAGAGGAACAGGAGGAAGCGUUCACGCAGCAGCAGGCCCAGAUUAAGCAGGGCUGGAGUUUGCUGUCGACGCACCACUGCUUUCUGCUGCCGGAGAAGAUCGAUGCGCUGGAUGCGAACAACUUUAAGCGUCCCCAGGUGGAGAUGAUGGCCCGAAGGUGGCAGCAUCAUUGUUUGGAAAUUCGCGAAGCAGCCCAACAGCUGCUGCUGGGCGAGUUGGGCCGUAUGGGGAAAAAGGGACGCAAGCAGCUCGUUGAAAGUUGGGCCCAAUAUCUACCCAUGUACACGCACACGGAACCGAUCGUGCAGCAGGCACCAAGCACGGGCCAAUCGAACGCUGGUUCGCCCACGUCUAGUCCGACCGGCCAGCCCGGACUGGAGCACGAAGAAGAAUCGGAGGAGGAGGAAGAGGUGGUACGGAAACCGUCCAGCUUGGCCGAACUGAAGCGCAAACAAACCACCGCGGUCGUACUGCUAGGUGUGAUUGGGGCCGAAUUCGGUCAAGACAUUUCCGCUACGGAUGGCAAGCGUAACAACGAAAAUCGCCGCAAAAGCUCCGUCGUCGAGGGUUUCGGUAUUGGCAACAAUAAUCUAGCCCGUUCCACAUCGAUGGCGCUAACGCAUCUGCUGUUGGCGCCAGCGACACAGAAGCUGCCCGCCUACACACCAUUGCGCCGGGCGGCAAUUGAUUUGAUUGGGCGUGGCUUCACCGUCUGGGAGCCGUAUAUCGACGUCAGCAAGGUGCUGCUCGGACUGCUCGAGAUGUGUUGCGAUUCGACCCGGCUGAUACCGAGCCUGAACUAUAAGCUGCCGCUGACACCGCAGGCUGACGCAUGCCGGACGGCGCGACAUGCGCUGCGACUGAUUGCGACCGCACGGCCGGCCGCCUUCAUCACGACGAUGGCGCGCGAGGUGGCACGCUACAACACGAUGCAGCAGAAUGCGCAAGCGAUAAGCGUCCCCAUUACGCAGUCGGUGCUGCAUCGGGCCAAGCGCGAGAUACUGCAGUGUGUCGAAAUGCUCAUCGAUAAGAUGCAGACGGAGAUCGCUAAUCUGCUCGUGGAGGUUAUGGAUAUAACGCUUCACUGUGUUGACUCUGGAGAUCUUAAAAAUAAAGGACUGGCCGAAGUUAGUCCGCUUAUGUGCAAAUUCAAUCAAGUUUCACACUGUAGCGCUUCGCGACGUAUUGCGGUCGGUGCUAGCAAUGGUCAUUUAGCAAUCUAUGAACUGCGGCAAAACAAAUGCCAGAUGAUACCGGCCCACACGAAACCGGUUACGGCACUCGCGUUCAGCCCGGACGGCAAAUUUCUGGUCAGCUACUCCUGUACGGAAAAUCGGCUCUCCUUCUGGCAAACGAGUGCCGGCAUGUUUGGGCUCGGUCAGUCCCAAACGCGCUGCAUCAAGGGUUACUCCACUGCACCGAUACCGGACAUCGGACGGCUGAAUCCAAUGCGGCUGGCGAAGCUGAUCUGGAUCAACAAUCGCACCGUAACGCUGAUGUUGGCCGACGGUUCCGAGACGCGGUUCAACGUGUAAACGAGUAAUGUGUAUUCUGGUCGUACUUUUUAAUCUAUACAAAAAAAAAACGUUCUGCUCUAGCUAGAAUUGGUUCGGGCGGUAAAAAGAGAACGCGGGCUGAUAUUUUCCUUUCCAUUGCUUGUUAACGCCCUGGAUGUGAAUAUUUACUUGUGCAUAUUUGUUGAGUUGUUGGUAAGCGUUUUUUUUUGCUCCCUAAGUAAUAAUAAGUUGUUUUAGAUUGAAAUUAUUAUCAAUCUCGGCGAGAAAGUAAGCGUUUUUUUUCUUGCUGACAGAUAUAAUGGUAUGUUAGGUCACCUUCUAGAUGCUCUGGUGGCCACAAUAUUAUGCACCGUCAUCACUUGACCACUUGCCGGUGAAGAAAGAUAAACGGCAAAUAACGAAUGUCGUCCAUUGUGAAAGGUGUCCCGGUUCGAAACGAACGAAAGCCUCAUGGAUGGAUGAUACUUUAAAAAAAAAAAGGAAUUGCAUUAACUAAAUGGGUUCUUAAAACAUUUGGAAGCCCACCAAAACUUCUUUGGUUAAGCUUCUUUCCUUUUUUUUCGGUUUCCCACUUUACCAUCUAAUCUCGAACUGCCAUUUUGCAAAAGCAUGAGCAUCGGACGAUGGUGAACGGCAAACAGCAACGGCAAAAAAAAACGAACGAGAACAGCACGCGAGGGUAGCCCCGAUCGCUUCGAUUCCAAUUAUGACACGAUAAACUUAUAUAAUUAUGCAAAUUAGCUCUCAGGACAGAAUGCCCCAAAGACAGCCGGAUGGCAACCAGAGGGGCGUACGGAUUUUAAUCUUCCGAGUUGGGAUAAGCGAUCUUUUUUCGUGGCGACUGUUUUGAUCUUCUUCGCUAGCCUGACCUACAUUAGUUUGGAGAAUCGUUCCAAACAAAAAAGUCCCCCGGGAAAGAUGUUUCCUGUUUGCGGCCGGCGAUAUGAUCCCUGAAGCGAUGGAUAUAUGAUUUGUCCGCUCCGCUCGAUUCGCCUCCAGAAUCGUCUGUGACCGGGCAGAUCGGGUGACCUAAAUCAUGUCAUGCCAUCGAGGGGCGGAUGCUUUUUUUCUUCUGCUGUUAUUGCCAAUCGUUUGCUCUUCCUCCAUAUUUUUGCAUUAUGAUUGGGGAAACAAAACCAAGAAAACAAAAGGAAGCAGCGGUAAAGAAAAGUAUUAAUGGCCAGUGACCUCUGGUGGCGCAAGAUAUGUUUAUUAUACUUAACAGCGUGCUGCAAGGGGCCACUGGCACUUAUUGUUUCGCUGCUUUAUCUUGUUUAGUAGUGGUAACAGUAGUAGUAGUAGUUAUUCAGUUCGGUUAAUCUUACGCAAGAUGUAGUUAAUAUGAAAAAAAUUAUUAAAUGCUAAAUAAACAACAAAACCACACCAACAAACUAACUUAAUCAAAUGUUAUACCCCCAAAAAUCGUGUUGCGAUUCCGAUUUCUAAACGGUCGAAGCUGACCGUAAGCAUACCCAUGUUGAAAGUAUUACUCACCAACGAGUAUAUUUAUAGAAUAUACAAAACACAUCCAAACACACGCAAUAAUGUAUAAGAAUCUGUGUAAUUUAUUUGUUAGCGUAUUGCAAAGUAUAUACCGAUAAAACAAUAAAUCUAUGAAACCGAAAAGACAAUACAAUA